AUUUUGUUUCUAAUUUGUCGGCUUUCACUUUCCCCCCUCUUUUUUUAUGCGGGAUUCAUUGGAGUCGAUGUCGGACGAUGGAGAGGGAGUGGGAGGGAUCGCUCAGAAGGGAUUAAAGAAUUCCCCUUUCCCGGCCAAUUUAAGCUUGAUGGAAAGGAUUCACGAGGUUGGGAAAAUGGAGGAGAAAGCCCUCGAUCUUUCGGUAAAUAGUGUUUACAGUGAUUCGCGAAGAGGUACCUGCCACAGAAACCUGCAGCAUUGUUAUUAAUGGAAGCAGGGCAAUUUGGGUGGAGUUCUGGUCUUGAUGACGGAUGGAGGAAAGGUCCAUGGACUCCUCAAGAGGAUAAGCUCCUCAUUGAGCAUGUCGACAUCCAUGGUGAGGGAAGAUGGAACUCUGUCUCGAGGCUUACUGGAUUGAAGAGGAGUGGGAAGAGUUGCAGGCUGAGGUGGGUGAACUACCUGAGGCCUGACCUUAAGAGAGGCAAGAUUACACCUCAUGAGGAGACCAUCAUUCUUGAGUUGCAUGCUAGAUGGGGAAAUAGGUGGUCCACAAUAGCCAGAAGCCUCCCAGGGAGGACAGACAAUGAAAUCAAGAACUACUGGAGAACCCACUUUAAGAAGGCUAAGCCCACAAAGGCAUCUGACCGGGCACAAGCACGUGCACGCUUUCUUCGUCAACAACAACAAGGUCUCCAGCAUAACGACGAUAAUCAGCAGCAGCAGCAUCAGCAUCAACUUCAGCUUCAAGAGGCUGAAAGAGCAAUAAAAGGAAUGAUGCCUCAAGCUCAAGUAGCAGCAAAUAUUGCGCAAGAAAUGCAAGAACUGGCCAUCAUGUUUCCCGCGUUCUCCAUGUUUCAGGCUGCAGAUUGUAGCGCUGGCUCGACCAGCGAAGAGGGCUCUGCCUGGGGGAGCUUAUGGAAUCUUGAUGAUGUAUUCUAGCUGAUGACGGUGGUGAUGAUAAGAAGAAGAAAGAUCUCAUCAUCAUCAUCAUCAUCAUCAUCAUCAUCAUGGUCUCCUUAAAAUUGUGAUUAUUCACUAAUAAGUACAAUGUUUCCCGUAAACUUUCGAGUAUUUUGUUGUGUUUUGGAGGGGAUGAGGAUGCAAGAAAACUUUAAGCAACCUUUGUUGUAUAGUCAUCUCAAAUGGAGCUCUACCCCGUGUACCUCUUUUUAAUCUCUCAAAGUGAUGGGGGUAAAUUUAGUACUAUAAUGGGGAUAAAAAGAAUCCAUUAACUAGAGAUCGACAUCAUGAUUUCAAUAAUACAUAA